CACAUUCAGACAGAGCACAUACAGACAUCAAGAUGUACACGGGUCAGAUCGUCAUGUUUGGGCUAGCACUGCUACUCACCACUGUAAUCGUCAUCAAGGCAGAUCAUCAUGAGAAGCCUGGAGUUUGCCCUCCUGAGAGACAUUUUACUCCCUAUUCGGAUAUCCCUCAUGAUAAAUGCAAAAGUGACACAGAAUGUGAAGGUGACAAAAAGUGCUGCCCAGAUAAUGACUAUAAAUUCUGCAAACCUCCAGCAAAAGAGAGAUCCGGAGAGUGUCCACCAGCUCCAAAACCUGAAAUCAAAAAUCGUGAGGACUUUUGCUCUUCAGACAGUGAGUGUGCUGCUGGAUCCAAGUGCUGCUUUGGUUCAAAUGGAAAGACUUGUCUACCCUGUGAUAAAGCAGUGAAGGCCGGUAACUGUAAACAGACAGAAGUCAUUCAAUGCGUUUUACCCGAGCGUUCUCUUUGCAAUACUGAUUGUUCUUGUCCCAAUGAUGAGAAGUGUUGUCCCAAAGAUUGUCACUUCGAGUGCCAGAAGCCUGUGUGAGGUUAAAGAAUAAUAUCCACAUUCAACACUAUUUUCUUGGAUGUCUAAUCAUAAGAUAAUGUCUUGAAGCGUGUUCGUUCAUGAAUGGUGAAAAGUUAUUUAAUACGCUAUACUCCAAAACGAAUAUUAAAUGAAUAUAUCAAACUGCCUGUAAAGAGUUCCUUAUGUCUUUUACUAUAAAC